CGUCUUCCUAGCUUGACCUUAGGAUGCUUAAGGUGUACGCACCCGUGGCGGUUGCUGCACCGUUCCGGGCAGCAACACGCUCAUUUGUCCGGAGAAUUCCAAACCCUCGUGCGAGCACCUCAACACAAACCUGGGCACCGAGGCCGAGUCUGUUCGUUCUUGCACGCACUUAUGCCAGUUACACCCGUGAAAAGCCCCACUUGAACAUCGGCACAAUCGGACACGUCGACCACGGAAAGACGACGCUCACCGCAGCGAUCACGAAAGUGUUGUCAGAGUCAGGUGGAGCAAAAUUUACAGACUACGCACAGAUUGACAAGGCGCCUGAGGAAAAGGCGCGUGGAAUCACAAUCAAUUCGGCCCAUGUCGAGUAUGAGACGCCUGCGAGACAUUACGGUCAUAUCGACUGCCCUGGACACGCGGACUACAUUAAAAACAUGAUUACGGGUGCAGCGCAGAUGGAUGGUGCUAUUAUUGUCGUAUCCGCUACCGAUGGCCAGAUGCCCCAAACACGUGAACAUCUCCUCCUCGCCCGCCAAGUCGGUAUUCAAAAGCUCGUUGUUUGGGUGAACAAGAUUGAUGCCAUCGACGACCCGGAGAUGCUCGAGCUUGUGGAGAUGGAAAUGCGCGACCUGCUCACCCAGUACUCCUUCGACGGCGAGCACACUCCUAUCAUCAUGGGCUCUGCUUUAGCGGCUCUGGAGGGAAAGACCCCGGAAAUUGGCUCAGAAAGGAUCAAGAAGCUUGUCCAGGCGUGUGAUGACUGGCUAGAGCUCCCCGUUCGUGAUCUCGACAAGCCUUUCCUUAUGUCGGUCGAGGGUGUCUAUUCCAUCGCUGGACGUGGUACUGUCGUGACGGGACGUGUGGACCGUGGGUCGAUCACAAAGGGCGCCGAUAUUGAGAUUCUUGGUCUGAACGACUCGAUCAGGACGACAAUCACUGGUCUUGAGAUGUUUCAUCGUGAGCUCGACCGCGCUGAGGCUGGUGACAACUGCGGUGCCCUCUUGCGUGGUAUCAAGCGCGAGCAGGUCCAUCGUGGCCAGAUCUUGACUGUUCCCGGCGCGAUCAAGGCACACAAGAAAGUGCAGGCCCAGGUCUACGUCUUGACCAAGGACGAAGGUGGGCGUUACACCCCGUUCGUGUCGAACUACAAGCCUCAGCUGUUUAUCCGCACUGCCGACAUCACUGCUACCGUGACCUUCCCUGAGGGAACACCAGAGGACAAGAUGGUUAUGCCUGGCGACAACGUGGAAGUCAUCCUUGAUCUGGACAAGAACGUUGCCAUUGAGCAGGGCUCGCGUUUCACACUCCGAGAGGGCAACAAGACAAUUGGCACCGGCAUCGUUACCAAGACGCUGGACUAAACAUGUUCCUUUGAGAUGUGCCGUUGGCUGCUCGUGCGUUCUGCCUGAAAACAUGCCUUCAACACUCUGAAGGAAAUCUGCGUAUGACGAUACAAUGCCUCGGGCACCGCUUUGUCUCAAUGUCGCACUUCUCAAUACAAUCUAAUUCAUGUGUUUUUAGUCUAGACUACUGCGGGACAACACAUGCUAAUAAAAUGCGUGCCAUUCUCAUCACUUCCGUAAGAUUUGG